UCCGAAGUUAAAGGGUACAGUCCGAGCAUGGGACAGGAAGGUCAGCAGGCAGGACAAGACAGGCCAAUUAUCGGUCAGAACAAGCAGAUAGUACGGACAGCCGCAAAGGAGUUGAUACAAUUCCUGGGCCCCAUCAAAGAUGCGCCGCUCGUCAUACUAUGCUUCGACGAGUCUCACACGCUCACCAAACCUGAGGAGAAGAGCUAUACAUGGACGCCAUUCUCAGAGCUACGACGCGUCCUCCGCAUGAUUGUAGACCAGCCAAUAUUCAGUCUUUCCUAUCGACUGUGGGCAAACUAGAACAAUUUGCUCCACAUCGCCAGCAGGAGACGUCGGGUCGAAUUGUCAUGCAAAGACUGGACUUGUUCCCGCCCAUCAUUAUCAACCCAUUCGAUGUCUUGGCCGAACGCAUAUCAGGGUCGGGAUGGACCCUGCAGCAAGUCGCAUCCACACAUCACAUGGUGCACUUAGGCCGUCCAUUAUUCGCCGCAAUGUACGAUGCCGGUAACGAUAAAUUCCAGGAAACCAUCGUCAACUUCGCCAAAAUCAAGUUGUUGUGCUCGCAAGAUGAGCCCGUACUCCUGACAGAAGCCCAGUCGCUGGCAUGCAUCGGGAUACGAAUUCCACUAGAAUUCAAGGCCUGCGUCCCGGCCGACCUCGAGAAUGAACGGAUCCUAGUGGCGAAGCACCUGCGUUUGUUGCUUUAUGCUGGCCGCGGGUUUGCGGGUGUGAUCACCAGCUGUCCAUCCGAGCCGUUACUUGCAGAGGCUGCAUAUAUGGUCCUGGCUACCAGGCGGUGGUCAAACGGCGAGGCUGUAGAACAUCCUCGUGAAGAAAAGUCAGUGUUUCUGGAGCCAAUGGACGCGCUUUCGUAUCAUAUCGGCCACUCUCACCUGGACUUGGGCACGCGGGGAGAAACGGUUGCCGCUAUCCUGCUGCUUGCCGCCCGCGACCGUGCGACGACCUUCCCCCUCGCCGACGGCGAGUUGCCGCCAGGCACGGACAACAUAGGAGACAACGAGAAUCGCAGAUACGACGGGGCUCAGAAGCGUCGAAUCGUUACCGUGACGCAAUUCCUACGGGCUCUACUAGCAGAACCUUACCACGACAUCACUCCAGCCGAGUACCACAGGCCCGAAUACUCCCAGAUGCGAUUGGAAGCUGCGUUCAAUAACUGUUUCAUCUACUUCAACCACUUCGUCAAAGCCCACAAGUUCGAUAUGGUGAACCAGACGUACCUCCAAGCCGCCAUCUCACGCGGCAUGGCGUUCAUCUGCGCGGAAAAUCAGGGCGGCAUCGACAUCAUCAUCCCGUGUUUGUUCGGCACUGAGCUAGUGCGAGAGAAGGUAUCCGCCAUCAUGAUCCAGGUGAAGAACGACAGACGGUUUAAGGCGAAGGUGGAUCCUACUCUGUUUGCCUGCAUGGACCCGUACAGGUGCGGCGUCUUCAAAAGCGGUGUGAAGGAACCGCCGCCGGUCCUACGCAUGGUCUUCGCGCUUGCGUCGGGCAAGUCAUCUGUGGAGGCCAGAUCGCGAGGGCAUCAUCCCUCUACCCGCAGCACACAGACGGCCAAAUUCACUGCGUACGACAUCUGGUGCGCGGGAGCGCGUCAAUCGACGUUUGGAGUCAUUCAGCAGGGUGAAGAGGAUGCACUGGACAACCUUCUCACGAUUCUGCGUGGCCCGCACGACAUCGAGAGGCUAUUCAAGGAUGUCAAUGUUGUGCGUAUAUUGCAACCAGGAUUAUCGACGGGCCAUGGUCACUUUGAGCAGUGGUUUGACCUCGAAGACGAUAUGGUUGACGAGGAGUUCGAAGUUUCGGAGCCUGAGGACGCGGUUGCGGGCGCGGAGUAAAUGAUGUUUCUAUGUAUUGGCGUUUAUCGUUUAUCCUUACUAUGUGGCAUGUAUGACUAUACACGUAGACCUGGGCUGUGAGGCGAAAGCAAAGCACAUUGUUGAAUCACUUAUCGCAUCACAUCUUGGACCCGUCGCGCCGAAGACGAGGCAAUUCACUUGGUCCCUCUUAGGACUGACACCUGGACAUCCGCCUGUUCCCUAAUAACAAUAGA